AUGUCCAAUUCUCCUCAAACAGAGGAUGUCAUAGAUUUGACGAACGAGCCAGAUUCUCCGGAAGACCAGAGAAGAACGCAAAAUGGCGAUUCACGAACCACACCACGACUACCACGAUUUGGAAGGGACAUAAUGGCCGAAGUGGUCGAUCUUGAAGAAGAACCAGAAGAGAUAAUUGAAGUAGAUUCCCCAAGCAGUCCGGAAGUGCAGUUUGUCGGAGCUACAGUUCGCCAGUCAGAAUCGGUGCCGGCGCCUCCGCCUAGAAAUCAGGGCUUCAUAGGGGCGAAUCUCUGGGAUUUCAUAAGAUUACAACGUCAAAUGGCACCGCAUCAUCUCAUGUCAAGAGGGGAAAGCUUCAGACAGGAAAUUGCAUGGAGAGCACGAGACCUUCAACGUCGUCCGCCCCAUGAGGUGGAUAUGUUUUUACUUGGUGCUGCGGAGGAAGCUAUCGAUCUUGAGGACGCUAUGGAUCUCGCGAUAGUCGGGGAUAGGUCAUUGAGAAUUGAGUAUCCUGCUUCUGGGUUGACUUCAGAUAGAGGCUCCCGUCAGAGCUCGUACAAACCGCCAAGUCCUCCCCCGGAUGGAUUCACAAGAAGUGCCGGGGAGGACGAUCUGGUCGUGUGCCCAAAUUGUGAUGAGGAACUCGGAACAGGGGAUGACAUCAAGCACCAGAUCUGGGUAGCGAAACCUUGUGGACAUGUUCGUGUCACAUUCCUAUCAUAUGUUGGUACCUAG